AUGAAUGGCCCACCCCCCUCAACCCGAGCAUUCCUCUCUCAACUCCCCUCUCUCCCCGCCGACUCCAAAGUCCGCUUUCUAGGCUGCGUAACAAAAUACAAUGUCGCCACGGGCCAUCUCAUCCUAGAGCACAAUUACCCGCGCAGUAGGGCAGAUCUUCAACAACAGCAUACCGUCUCGGUCGAUAUCAAUGCACUGCUGGAGACGGUGACAUGGGAGGAGCUGCGUGUGGGCGCGUGGAUUAAUGUAUUGGGGUAUGUGAGGAGGGUGCAGUCGUUGUAUGUGGAAGCGAUUAUGGUCUUUCCAGCGGGGGCGAUUGCGUUGGGGGAGUAUGAGAGGGUGCUGCAGGAUACGCAGGAGGUUGAUCGGAGAGUGAGACGACCUGAAUGA